AUGCUAGCUGAUAGUCUACCACUUAUGAGCAGUGGCUGGAGAGCCUUGCAGACAUCAUUUGAGGAGCGACAGAGUCUUUAUGUUCUACUGGGCGUUGCAGUAUCGUGGGCCUCUUGGUGGCUUUGGAGAUUUCUCAUCACACCACGCAUCUUUUCACUCGAGGUGAAAGAGUACCCAUAUUGGAUACCUGUCAUUGGUCACGGUAUAUCGUUCUUGAACAACUCCCAGGAGCUCUUCAAGCAGGCCAGAAAGCACUUUGGGAACAGCAAUGAGCCGCUUCAGCUUACCCUGUUUGGCUUCAAUGUGUAUUUUGUCAGCAGGGCGGAGGAUGUCAGCGAGGCAUACCGCCACAUGCGCACCCUCACUGUAGAUGAGUUCUACCGGGGGGUUUUCCUCAGCAUGGGAGCCUCCAAGGCGAGCGUUGAAAAAGCUUUCGCGCCCCUGCCAGAGGAUAUUAAGGACCCCGAUAAUGCCCAGCGCAAGCCGGUCGCCCAGCUCGCACGUGAGAUGCAGAUCACGCAGCUGCAGCCAGGACCGAGCCUGGACACUCUCGAGCGCGCCGAGCUCGAUUAUUUGGAGGACAACGUUAAGAUGAAUGCUAUUAGCAUGAUCCGGUCCCGGUACCCAGACUUACUUGGAGGUGAGACACCGGGUGCGACGGGAUCCGUCGAGCUGCCUCUCUGGCAGUGGUGCGCGGAUGUCAUGGUGCGUGCGGCUCAGGGAGCUUUCUUUGGCAGCGCCCUCGACCGUAUCGACCCAGAUUUGCCCGAGAAAUUCAUGGAGUUUGAUAAUAUCGGCUGGAAGCUCCUCUACCAGUUUCCAGAGUUCCUAGCCCGGGACACCCUUGGCAAGCGUGAUGAGCUGCAUGCGGCCCUGAAGGCAUUUUGCGAACUCCCGCGCGAAGAGCGGAGUGAUGCGAAGGCGUGGGUCAUCGACUCGACUGAAGACAAGCUGCGCGCCUUGGGUAUUCCAACUGAUGAUAUUGCCUCUAUCUUACUCAUUCUUUACUGGGGGACAAACACAAACACUCGGAAAGCUGCGUUCUGGUUGAUAUGCUUCCUGCUUCACAACCCGACACUCAUCGACACCAUCCGUGCCGAGACGGCCGCCGCAUUCGGACCAAACGGUACCAUCACCGACCUCACACACCUCCACCAGAACUGCCCCGAGCUUGACGCGGUGUGGAACGAGACCAUGCGCCUGACUGGCGUGGCAGCGUCGGUGCGCACAGUGACGGCUGACACAGUCAUCGGUGGCCGCACGCUGAGGGCGGGCAACCGUCUGAUCAUCCCCUAUCGGCAGCUUCAUCUCGAGCCUCGCAUCUUUGGAGACGACAACAUGACGUUCCGGCCGUCGAGGUUCCAGACUAAAAAGUCUCAGACGGGCGAGCGACUUCGUAUGGAGCAUUUCCGCCCCUUCGGAGGAGGCAGCACAAUUUGCCCGGGCCGUUUCAUCACUAAGCGCGUCGUGGUCGACUUUGUAGCAUUGCUACUACGGCGCUUUGAUAUUUCCAUGGCCGGUGGAUACCAGCCGAUGCCUGCGGCUGAAGAGUGGAGGCCCGUCUUGGGCGUGAUAGAUGUCAAGCCUGGCGACGACAUGCGCAUCAGGUUGACGCCCAGAAAAGCUUAG